CUAUUCGCCAUUAAAAUGGCGUCAUCGAAGGAAACUUAUUGUUUGUGUGGGCAACCAUAUAAUGUUGGGCAAUUUAUGAUAGAAUGCGACUGCUGUCGUGAAUGGUUUCAUGGAAGUUGCGUGGAUGUCAAAAUCUACCAUUCUGAUGACAUUGACAAGUACCACUGCCCCAAAUGUGCACAAACUUAUGGACCUUCAGUGUUGAAAAUACCCACGAACAACCACAGGGCGGACAGAUAUGAGUUGGGUGCCGAGAACCACCCGUCCCAGGUGGGAGCCCCGGCGUGGGUGCGCGCGCUGGCCGCGAGGCCGCUGCGGCCCGCCACCGCCGCCUUGCAGAGGCUCAGGGCGCAGCAAUUCACCGAGGAGUUUGUCAGGGAUGACGGCUUUACGCGGCCGAUUAUCUUCCACACGCCUGAGGGGCUGGACCUGAAGGUGCCCAACCCAGCUACCUUCACGGUCCGCUCCGUAUUGAGAUUCUGCGGUGCACAGCUGGAAGUGGAAGUGAUAGACGUGCGCAAACAGACAACUCUACGGAUGCCGUUGGGAGAUUUCGUGGACUACUUCGAAACGCCGCCGGAGCAUCGUGACGAGAAAGUCUUGAAUGUUCUCAGUCUAGAGUUCUCGGAGACCAACCUGUCGCCGCUGGUGGAGCCCCCGGCGCUGGCGCGGCGCCUGGACUGGGCGGAGCGCGCGUGGGCGGCGCCCGACAAGCCGCGGCCCGCCGUGCGGAAGUACUGCCUCAUGUCCGCCGCCGGCUCCUACACGGAUUUCCACGUCGAUUUCGGUGGUACUUCGGUGUGGUACCACGUUUUGCACGGACGGAAGAUCUUCUAUCUGGUACCGCCGACUGCUACCAAUCUCGCACUGUACCAGCAAUGGAGCGCUGCCAACAAUCAGAACGAACGGUUCUUUGGUGAUAUGGUGGAAUGGUACGGCACCGCGGAACUGCUGGCUGGACAGAGCCUCUUCAUACCGUCCGGCUGGAUACACGCGGUGUUGACGCCGUGCGAUUCGCUAGUGUUCGGCGGGAACUUCCUCCAUUCCUACGCUAUUGAGAUGCAGUUGCAGAUUUACGAGAUUGAACGCCGAGUGGAAACUCCCACGAUGUUCCGCUACCCUCUCUUCGAAGCGAUGCACUGGUACGCCGGAGCUCAUCUGCUGACCAUGUUAAGGAGAUACAACGAGGAAACACAGGACGAAGAUUUCACUCUGUGCGAGUCAGCUGUAAGAGUGGCGCCCGCGCCUCUACCGGCUUUACUUCUGCGCGGGAUCAAACUGUUGGCCAACGCGCUUAAGGAGUGGCACGCGUUGAAGAGUACAGACGCGUCGAAACGCGACAACGUGCCCAAAUGUCUCAAUUCAGGUCAGCUGGUGCGUGAACUGUGCAAGGAGCUGAGGACCCUGGAGAAGAGGUCGGCCAGCGCCGCUAACAAGGAUAAGGAUUUCAAACAGAAAAGCAACACAUCACCAAACAAGCAUGGCAAAAAGCAGCAGCCAGCGAAGAAAGCAUUGAAAUUGACAUUGCCACGACCCAUAAUGCACAUGGGACAGAACGGGGAAUUUGUGGAGGAGAAAUCGUACGUGGACAAGUUCUAUGUGGAGAAAGAGGUCUAUAGUGAUGCCAGAUUCGUGAAUCAAGAAGUGAAAUACAACGGUUUGCCAGAAGCCAAAUUCGAGACGAAAGAUGUGGUCGUCCCGGAGAAGUAUACUUUUCAAAACUACGAGGAACAAGGUUACCAGGAACCGAACGGAUAUAUCGAGAGGCAUGAUAAGAAGAAUGUAUUGAAAAUCAAGUUGAACAACUCCCCCUCCUCUUCACAAGACGCCCCCCCGCCCUACACACUUCCAGAACAUUCCAUAUUGAAGUCGCACCUCAUACGAGCUGACAGACCGACACUCAAACCUAUACACCAGUGGACCAUAUCCAAGAAGGACAUUGGGGAUUAUCAUGAGGAACAGAUAUUGUUCACGAACGAGAACCUACAGAAUCCGAUGAGGGUUGACAGUCAGGAGAUUAAUUACGGACCGGGCAUGUACUCGGCGGAGGACGUCCAGCAAGACUACCAGUACGCGGCCACCGCCAAGGCGCCGUACCAGCCCGAGUACGGGUACGGGACGGACGUGCCGUACGAGUACCAGCGGUACGAGGAGCAGCUGCCUGCUGUUCAACAGGCCGCGACUUACAACCAAGUGGCAGUCCAGGAACAGCUGAACGGCAAUUAUCAUUCCCCGCUGCCUUCGUACGACGCGGCCAUAGCUCAGCAGUACGCGACCACUACUAAUUAUGUAGUGGAAGAACAAAAGGCCGCCGGGGCGCAGCCCGUGCGGCGCUCCGAGCGGCCCGUGCGGCGCCGCGUGUCCAACACGUACGACUACGAGGACGCCGACCUCUACGUGGACGACGCGCCGCCGCCCCGGCGCAGGAGGCCGCCGCGGAGGCCCAACAUGGUGCACAGGGACACAGCGUCAAACAGCAACGCUAGCUACAGAGCGUCGCGGGCGCCCGCCAACGGAAUAGAGUCGUUGAUACAAGCGUCAGUGUUAGCCGAGGAGGAACAGCCGAGCGCUACUGAAGACGCGGCUGUGGCAGGAAUGUUAAGCAUCAGCUCUCGCUACGCACAGCCGCAAAGGACGUUCGGUCUCGCUCAUCAAGAAGAUGAGAAUGCUGCUAGUGACACCAACAAACCUGAGAGCAACAACGCGACGCCGGCGGGCAACAAGCGGGCCCGCAAACCGGCGGCGGCUCACGGCGCGGACGAGGACUACGCCGACGAGCAGGACGUCAUCAAGGAGGUGCACAGGGACGAGGAGUAUGUGUACCCCUCGCUUGAGAUGAGUUCGGACGAGGACGAUGAGUGGACGACGUCGAGGCGGCGGAGGUCCAGGAAUAGGGCGGAUAGCAGAACCAAAAGUGAUAAGGACGAGCCGUGGUCGCCGCGCGCGCGCGUGGGCCGCGUGUCGCCGCGAGCGCGCGGGCCGGCGCGGGAGCGCGUGCGCCGCGAGUGCGUGCGCGCCGCGCUCUCCGCCGCCAAGCGGGCGCGCGCGCAGCCGCACCACCGGCAGCACGACGACAGCGCCAUGAAUGCAAAACGAGCCGUGUUGGCGACGAAGAGUAAACGACCGCCGCCGCCCGUGCAGGCCACGACGAAAACACAGAAUUUAAGACUGAAAAAAGGUAUGAAGACAGCGAAACAGCGCUUAGGGAAAAUCCUCAAAAUACACAAAAUGAUAUAUUAAAUAAAUGUAAGUAGAAUUGUAUAUCUUGUAGCUAAGCGGAUGGACGGAAGAAAUAUAGGUAUAUAUAUUUUAUAUAUAUAUCUAGAGGAAGGACCAAUAAGUGUUGUGGAAUUCGGGUUUAUAUUUUGGUGUAAUAUAUAAAUAUAUAUUAUUUCGAUCACAAUUUCUAUGUAAUUAAUGUCAAUGUAUUUAGGUUAUGUUAAGUGCGGGAUGUUUAAAAAAGUAAUGAUAUUCAUUUUUCUAACGAAAUAAUGAAAAGUAUUUUAAAAUAGAGAAGUUAUCACAAAAAAUGGUAAAGUGUAGAAGAUAGUAUAAUUGGCCAAAUUUAUAAGUCAGCCAAUUAUGUAAAGCUUUUUAUAAUUUAUUUGUAUGUUAUUCUUUUGCAACCAUUUUAAAAGUUUGCUUGUUAUAAAUUACGCUUUAAUUCGAAAUAAUAACGGUUUGUUGGAAAAAUAUUUUAAAAUAAUUACAUAUCACACUUUUUUAAAUAUCCUGUGUAAAUUCUCUCUUUAUUCGAUGUGUUUUUUAUUCUUAUAAUAAAUAUGAUGUCACAUUUUUAUUAUGAACCGAAAUUCAUUUAAUUCACUGCUGAAAUUGAUUAUAGCUUUUUAGCUUUGAUCGUGUAUUUUAGAUAGAGUAAUCAUAACUUUCUCAUACAUUUUUGUAAAUUUUUGCAAUGCAUUGCUGGUCAGUGAAUUUUUGUGAAAAAUUGUUCUUUUCACCUUUUUUUAAUAUAUAUGUUUGGGUAAAAUGUCGAAUUGAAUUUUUUAUUAAAAAUUAUUCCUUUUUUUAUUAAAAAUAAAUAAGGAUACACUGCUUAACAUAUGACUAAAAAGAUCUGAUAUUUGUUUAUUUGUUAAAAUUAAUAAGAUAUAUUGUUUUAAGGUUUUAAGAUGACAGACGCGUAUAAGUAACUUAAUAACGAAUAUAUUUUGGGUGCAAUAAAGAUGAUAUAGUGAUUUAAUUAAUAAAAAAACAGGACAUCAUAGACGUAGAAAAAAAAGGCAGAGGGAGUUUUACUAUACGGUAAAACGAAGCACUAAUAUUAUGCCGGUCUACUGUAUACACGCCUCACGCACACACUUACCAGUAAUAUGACAGUUGGCCUUCAUUAUGUCAUAGAUGCGUCAUUCUCACGGAUUGGCAACUUUUCUGACACUCACACAUGCGUACAACGUUGCCAUUACGAUGCUUCACUUUUUUUAAGUCACACUCCGCCUUUUUUUCUACGUCUAUGCGGGCCGUAUAAACUAGGAUCAUAUAAAUAAUUAAAAAAAAUGUAAAGUUGCGUCUGUCAUUUUAAACAAUUUAUCACAUAUUUCUAAAUUGUCUAUACGAUUGACGUUAAAUAUACAUACUUAUAAAAAAAGACAUGAAAAAUUUAUAAAAUUUAUAUUUUCUGCUAAAAAAACCCACCAAUGUAAAUAUCAACAUUAUAAAUACUUUUUUCCAAUUAAAAAGAUCUGUCAAAUAAUUGUUUUGAAUGUGUUUUAGUCAUUCAGUUUCAUUGAUUUCAAAAAUUUUGAUGGUAUAAUACUUAGGUAAAUCUUGAUCAGAAACAGCAUAACUCGCCGUAUUGCGGCUUUUAAAUUGAGCUGGCAAUAAUUACCCAUAAAAGUAAGAAGAACCCAGAAUCAAUUUGGACUUUUUGGCGGGAACCCAAACGUCAGGUUAGUGCCGUAAUAUUUUUCCAAAAUGUGGGUUUGAUAUUAACACAUUAUAAUUAUUUAUAAUCUCUUGUCGGUCGAGUUAAGUGGACUUCUAAAUAUGUUAAAGGCGACUAAGGGAUAGGUUUAAAAAAUUGUAAUUCUUCUUUUAGGCGAUGGGCUAACAACUUGUCACUAUUUGAAUCUCAAUUCUAUCAUCAAGCCAAACAGCUGAUCGUGGCCUAUUGGUGAGACUCCUGUGUCUGCCUCUGCAAGGGAUAUAGACGUGAUUAUAUGUAAGUAUUCAUGGACAAUCAUGAGCGAUGGAGGGUGUUACAAUGUCGGAUUUAAUGACUUAAAAUAUCCCGAGAAGGGCGAAGUAAGCAUUACCCAAAGCUAUUACUCGACUAAUAAACAAAUUAUAAUUCAUCAUACAUGUGACUAGAACAGUCUAAAUUCAACACUGGCAAAAAUAAGCAUAUAUACCUAAAAAUCUUUCAUUAACUUGUAUCAGCCAUUUGACAGAUCAGAUUGGAGCGAAGUUUUAAUAUCACUGAAUACGCUGAACGAUAUACUUACUAGCGAAUGAGACAGGUUACAAAAACUCACUAUGAAGAUAAAACGAUAGACUUCAAAUGUUAUCUAAUAAAAUGACUACUUUAAUUAUUAAUGACUCGCGUUUCUAUUAAUAUCCUAUCAGAAAGCAUUACAAUUUUGAAAAUGUAUUAGAACAAUACAAACACAUGAAGGCUGGGUUCCCGCCAAAACGUAUUAUUUUGACAGCUGUCAUAACGGUUUUAUUUUCUCGAUAACGUUCAUUAGCUUGGGUCCUCACGCGCGUUUUGUAUUAGUGAUAAUAGUUUUUAAGUAUAUUUUCUGUUAUUUUGUUAUAAUAGAAUUGUAGGGUGGGGAAUUAAAUAAAUGUGUUGAAUUUGAAACGCUUAUUUUAUAUGUAAAGACGAUUAAAUCAAAAAUAUGUUGUAAGUUUAGAUAAUUAAAAAAAAAUAGAUUUUUAUUGCUAUCGUAAAUAUACCUAAGUAGGUACCUUAUCCCUUACGGGGGAGACAGAACCAAAACUAACGUCCUCACCCUACAAUUGUAAUUUUUUUUCUAAUCAAUAAACAGGGUGUAUUUUCUAUGUGAAAAUCACAAAUUAUCUUACAUUAUGAAAGUACAGUCUGACGCAGAUGAAGCUUACCUUUAGCGUGGUUUAUUAGAACAAUGGGUCAGAUUUAUUUGCCUCUCACUGUACUUUUUUUAUUUGUACGGCGUUAUUGGCCGUGUGUAAGUGGAUAUGUAUAGUACGUAAAUAUGUUAUUAUUUGAUUACACGUUUUAAUAUCACAAGUAAGGGCUUUUUUCACUCUCAUUUUAUAGAUAAUAAAGUCUAAAAUUGUCAUAAUAUGUUUUUUGUCAUUCUGUUAUGUGUAAUAAAGUAUUUAUUAAUUGUCAAACAAAAAUAAUUCCUUUUUAUACAUUUAUUUUUUGCAAAAUUGAGUACUUGCGAGUAUGGUCAAGAGUAUGGUCUCUGUCAUUACGAACAACAUUUUCUAUUGGGUCAUGUCAUGGGUCAAAAUUUGGUCGUCUUCUUUAACAUCUUCACCUCCCUGGAGAGGAGCUCGGGGUGCGUUCAUGAUCCUGGAUUGGGUGAGUCAGGUUUUUACACGAAGCGACUCCCGCCUACCCCCGCAACCUUUGCAGGGGAACCUUACCCGUUGGAUCAUGGUGCAAGCUGCAAUAGAUAAAUGUGUCUAUUCCUUUGUGUUAUCGUGCUGCUCUGCGCCCCUUUCCACCCCCCGGGAGCCCUAUAUAAGCCCCAGGCCUUCGCCUUUGGUCUACUGCAGCGGUCACCAAGUUACUCGUUAUCCUCUGGUAGUUACUUGCUGUAUCUCAUGUCUUUAGCUUCUUUUGCCACGCCCUUUUGCAAAUUGUAAAACUAGUCCAGUAAAGAUUGUCUUUAUGAAUUUUCAAAUUGUCUCUCGUCACACUUACUGUGUCGUUUUACCUGAACGGCACGCUUAGUCGUCUUCUACGAUAAACAUGGGGAUAGAGAUGGAGUGGUACUAUAAGUUUCUGGAACCACAGCACACGGGUCAACAUUAGCUGUUAACAUUUAUAAUAAACCAUUGUUUUUCUUAUUCCCUGUAGUGAAAGUUUUUUGAAUUUAUAAGCACUGUAUCUACAUAUAAGUAUAGAUUCAUUUUUUUCUAUAUAACUGUUCUUGAGUUAUACAGAUUUUGUGAAAAUGGCCCUUAUCAUUAUCUAACUUAUUGUAAUUAGUUUUACAGCACUAAAUAGUUUUAAUGUUUAAGCGCCUUCGAAUUAGGUGUAGUCAUAAUUGGCUUGUCACUGCCGAUAUUUCACAUUGAAAUCUUGAUAUUCUCGUCUAUUUCCCGGAUGGGGUAGGCAGAGACUACAACUUUGUACUUGCCACAAUCUCUGCAUACUUUUGCUUCAUCAAUCUUUUUCUGAAAGCUUGUCAGGUUGGUGUAUUCUUGACCAGACCUUUGACAAGAACGUUUCCGAUUUGAUCAAAUAAAUCCACAACAGUAAUAAAGAGAAAAUAUUUGUACUUUUGUAUGUUUGUAAAGAAUAAACUCAAAUACUACUGGACUGAUUUUGACGAAAUUUGGCACAGAUAUAGAGUAGAACUUAGGGAGUAACAUAUGUUUUUUUCUGGAAUUUCACCGUUUUUUAGCUCCUCGUAUCUUGAUAUUAUUUGUUGUAACCGUCUAAAACAAGUACGAAAAAAACAAAAUUGUAUACCCAGAUGUGGCAGUCAUCAAUAUUUAGAAUCAUUUUAAAUUCAAAUGCCUUUAUUUGCUUAAAUGCAAUUUAUUUUACAAAUUUUGAUGUUUUGUUUACAUAAUAAUUUAUGCUUUUAAAACGUUAUACAUAAAAAAAAUAAAGAAAUUUGACAAGGCAUAUUAGUCUCAUCUUCUCUCUCACUCUUUCUUUUGGGUAAACCUUAGAGAUAGAAAGAGAGAAAAGAUUUUAAAUAACCGUGGUUUACAUAAACGUAUUCAUUUCUUUUUUUUUUUUGAUCUCUGGUGACAUAUGUAUUUUGUGCAAUAUCGGAAGAGAUAAGUCGUAUCGAAGUGGAAUCUGUGUACCUAGUAUAAAAAAAAAAAGAUUUAUUGUAAAUUAAUUAUGACGAUUGUAUAUUGUUGUGACAGAAGAAAGAGUUUUCUAGACGUAUCCACGUA